UCAGCGUAGCGUGCCCGUCACGCAACAUGUGCCGUUGCGAGUAUACCCGUCUUCGAUGAUUCUGUAAGUCAAAUUGGGCGUCCCAGUUGAGAGGGCAGCUCAACAUGCCAUCAGAGUUUUAUCGUGGGACGAAAUUUGUUGAUCGGCCAGCAGACAAUCGCCAAAAUGAAUAUCCUCCGUCGUUCUUCUGCUUGCAGACAACUCCACAGAUCUAUCUCCCUCUGUUUCCGAGAGCCUUGCCAACAGAUUUCUUUCUGCUCAUGGUCUCAAAUGUUAGCAGAGCAGCUGAAGGUUGGAGGCGCAGCAAUUGGAAGGCAGAGCAUGAGAGGAGGAGAUUGCGUGAGAGGCAUGGCGACGAUAGGAGGGGGAAAGGGCAGAGGGAUCCCGAAGGUGGACAUCGGUGCCAGAGCGAGGAGCAACCAGAAGCGAAGGCUGUGGAUAUAUGCGCUUUCUAUGAGCGCCGUAUCGGGCUUCAUCAUUGUGGUGUUGGGUAGCUUCCAGGACCAGUUGGUGUUCUAUGUGACCCCAACGGACGCCAUGGAAAAGUUCAGCAGAGAUCCAACGAAGAACAAGUAUCGGUUGGGGGGAUUGGUGGUGGAGGGCAGCGUGAUGCAGCCGGCGUCCUCCACCGAGACAGAGUUUGUGGUGACUGAUUUGGUCACGGACAUGCUGGUGCGAAGCAAGGGCGCACUGCCCGAUCUCUUCAGAGAGGGCCACUCUGUAGUUGUCGAGGGCUUCAUACGCCCAUGGUCUUCCGAGGCCUCUUCCUCUUCCUCCGCUCGGCCCGUCACGGAAAAAGCCAGGGCAUCGGGAUUUUAUUUCUCUGCCAUUGAAGUGCUCGCAAAGCACGAUGAAAAAUACAUGCCCAAAGAGGUCGCCGCCGCCAUUGAGAAAAACCGUGCUGCCAUCGAAGCCGCCCAUUCGCCUUCUCAAGAACAACUGCAAUCUUGACGCCCUUUUCAAUUCAAUAAGUUUUUCAACACUUAACGACUCUUCUGAUACACUAAAAUGGCAUACAAUGAGAGGGGUUGCAAGACGAUCACAAAGAUCAUGACCGUCGAAUCUUUGCUGGGUUGAAAGUACUGUGGCCGUGUGGAGACUUUCCUGUCUAUCGUCAAGCAUGCUUUUAAUUCAAGUGACCAGUACGUCUACAGCUGUUUUCCUUCCUGUCACGUUUUCCUGCUCGGUACUGUUGUCAGUACGACUAGCCGUGUAAAUACUGCCUUCAAUCGCCGUUUCAUGUCACGUACUUCAUCCAAACCGGUCAACCACGGUCACAGGUUCUUGUUUUUGUUUUUUAACCGCCGUUUGCAUACCUAAAGAGGUAGCAAUUUGAAUUUGUAUGCUAGACAAGCUAUUCCCAAGGGCCCGUAUACCUAGGCUGGGACCACUAUUUUCAUAGCAGAAGUUUCUGUUUUAUUUAAUUUUUUUUAUAUUGUUUGCUAUUUAAUACAACAUGGAACACAUUUAAUUACUUUUAAUUUUAUCAUAGGGAAUAAAGUCCUAGCCUAAUUGUUAUA